GAAUUAUCCAAUUUCAGCCCUUUCUAAAUUAAAUUCAACUCUUUAAUAGCUCAUUAUUUAAUAACCCUUUAAAAGCCCGCACUAUUUAAAUAUCAAAUGGAUAAAAUCCUUUUAUAAAAAGGCUGGAUCAAAGCUUUAAAUGAGCCCCUAACCCAUUGAACAGGUCUACUCCUCGGUUCCUUACCCAAACAUACUCAACAUCCAAAUAUAAAGCUAAUUAUACUUGAUAGUAACCCGAUUGUCACCUCAACGAGGGUAUCAUACCCUCCUUUCUUCAUUCUGUCUCCUUCCCUUUCUCACUCUUCAGUCUUCACUCAUCCGCCCACCAUAAUUUCCAUUUCCAAAUCACCAUCUUCGACUCUCUCUGGAUCUUCAAGAGAGUGAAAAUGGAGAAGAGCUACCAACCUGUUGAAGAAAUGAAGAUGCUUGUUGGUAUGGAAGUUGACGACGAAGAAUCUGCUGCUGUUAAUUCUACUGAUGAUGUUAGCUCUUUCAUGGAUGAGUUCAAUCGUUAUUGCACUUUGUCCACCCAACAGGAGACCUACCAAAAUAAAUUUGAAGAAGCAAGUAGGCAAGGGAUUCAGAAGAGUCCGAAUGAGUUGUAUUGGGAGACGGUGGGUGGUCACAGUAAGAAGGGUCGUGUUAAGGGACUUGGCCAAAGUGAAGAGUUGUACUACGAUAACCAAAAGGGUCGAGUUUUGUUGAAUAUUUAGAGUGUUGAUGGUUGCGCGCUCGCGACCAUGAAGAGCGCCCGCGUAAGGUAGGCGCGGCCGCGCAGAGAGCGCGCCUAAACCGCGCACCUCUCUGGAAAUCAGCAAAUUGGAAGGGUGUGGUUGGCGCACCCGCGCGGCUGGUGGCGCGCCUGCGCGUCCUUGUGGAGCGCCCGCGCUACUGGUCGCGCAUAAACCGUGCCCCUCACUACCUUCUUGUGGAAACUCGCAUAUUUUGGGAGGCGCGCCCGCGCUUCCAGGUGGCGCCCCCGCGCCUCUUGUGUCGCGCCCGCGCCUCCCUGUUUUGCGGUUUUUCCUGACGGUUGAGUCUUUUAUUAAAAGACAUAUUUUUCGUGAAAGUAGAUAUAUAGAAGAUUAUUUUUCAUCUCUCCAAAAAGAAUUCUCCACAUUCUCUCUCAAAUUUCUUGCAAACUUUUGUGAGAAAAACUCUUUCAAUUAAUCCAAUCUUGGUGAUUUGAUCAUCUUUAUUUCGAUUCAGUGCUAAGAACAAAAUUUGCUGUCAAUUGUAUCUCAAAGAGGAUUUUCGGUUUAACCCAAGCACCGUGUGGGGGAAAUAAACCUCUUUAGGAAAGUGUGUACACGCCUUUGACAGUGUAUCAAGGUACUAGUGUUACGAGACAUCGGUUUUCUCAUGUUCAUGCUUGGAAUUAACGGCUUGGAGGAAAGGCAAGUUUGAUCAUCUUCACACUAGUGUAGUCUUUGUAUGUUUUCAGUAAUUUCAUUGACAAUUCAAAUACUUGAUUGUAAUACUUUGUUUAGUAUUUAAUAUUUACAAUUUGGAAUUGUAAUCAUAUAUUUUAAGAUUUGUUCCCACACAUUGUUUAAGUGUUUUCUUGAUUGAAACCGUUGUAAAUCCUAACAAGUUUCCGGUUCUUCCCAACAGUACACGCCUUUUCAGAUGCAGAAUUAGUUUAAACAGAUGGUGCAGGAUCAGUUUGAACAGAGGGUGCAGGAUAUGCGGACUGAAUUGGAGGCUGAGAUGCAAACCCGAUUGGCGGCCCAUUUGGUCAAAAUAGAGAGGAGAAAUAAGGAGUCGAUGGAUGAGAUGUUGAGUCGCAUGUCCAAAUUAAACAUCCCCAAUGCUAUGCGAACUGAAAUGCAAACUAAAUGGAGGCCGAGAUGCAAACUCAAUUGGCGGCCUAUAUGGCCGAAAUGGAGAGGGGAAACAAGGAGUAGUUGGAUGAGAUAUUGAGUCGCAAGUUCGGAGUCAGCAACCCCAAUGCUUGUUCUACCAUUCAUUGAGACCCCAUAGACGACCCGGGUAGUGGCUUAAGAUAGGAUUCCCCAAAUGUUGUGUAGCUUAGCUAGUUCUAUCCUUUAUUAGGUUGUGUAAUUUUUUAUACUAGUAUUUUACACUAGUAACUCAAUUUCCGCAGUAAUUUCAAAUGCGUAUUUUGCUUA